AUGGACUCAAGAUAUCGUUUUACAUCGAAUAUAUCAAAUCGUUAUGAUCCACUUCUGAAUAAUAAUAAUAAUAGUUCGAACAAUAUUAACCACAGUAAUCGUUCAACUCCCACAUCGAGUCGUUAUUUUCAUCGAGUUCCACCUAUGUUUCCUCCACAUCAUCAACAACGUCUUCGAAGUUCAUCUCCAUUAUUUUCUUCAUCAUAUUUGGGCCCAUUACAACAGCAUCGACCACGUUUUCUAUCCACUUGGGAUCUUACGCCAACACCAACUAUUUAUCUUUCGUCACGCAAUAUUGCUACACCAACACCAACACCAACACCGGCAUCAGUGUCGAUACAACAGGACGAGGGUGCGUGUAUCUUGAACAGUUGUGCCAACUAA